AUGAAGAGAUCUGUUAGGAUCCAUUCUGAAAAAACUGGAAACAAAGCUUUCCUUAACCUCCUCCCUCUCCUUCAGGGAAAUGCUGGGUUGAUUUUCCCCAUUGGGGAUCUCAAGGAAGUGAAUGAGGAGGUUGCUGAGUACAAGGUGCUGUGA